AUAGCGGAGUGCGCUGGCCGCGUCGGAUCGCGCUGUUUCUCUUCAGCCUCUUGGCAAUCAGCGCCGGACGGCCGCGCGCUCGCUCCGCACACCACUGCCUUUCGCGGCGAAGCGAAGAGCUUUCUCAUUUGUCACAACUGUCUGCAGAGCGGUAGUCUAAAAGAAGCAAGACAAUGUGGAAAGAAAGAGUCAGUCCAGGGCACCAGGAGUGAAACGAGCGGACUGGACGGUCUCUGAUGCUGGAAGUGGGCGUAUUUUAAAGGUUCGGCAGAGUUCGGAAACGCCGGCUGAGCUUUCUCGCUCCGGACCAUGCAGUGAAGCUGCUCGGGGAAUAGAUCACCUCGAGAGGAUUUAGUUGCGGAACACGCUAAGAAAAGCUACACUUGUCAUGUCGUGGAUCUCCAAGUUGUACCUGACUUUGUGUGCCACCCUGCUGUACCAGCUGACAAGGGCCAACCAGCUCUAUUUACAUCAACACUGGCACCACCAUCAUCACCACUACCAGUAUGAAGAAACCAUUGUGCCAAUUAUAAGUGGUGGCACAUGUGAAGUGAUAGCUGCUCACCGUUGCUGCAACAGAAAUAGGAUUGAGGAACGGUCACAGACAGUCAAGUGUUCCUGCCUCCCAGGAAAAGUGGCAGGGACCACUAGAAAUAAACCUUCCUGUGUUGACGCUUCUAUUGUCACCGGGAAGUGGUGGUGUGAAAUGGAGCCGUGCUUGGAGGGUGAGGAAUGCAAAACACUGCCCGACAACUCUGGCUGGAUGUGCUCUCUAGGCAAUCGCAUUAAAACUACAAAGCACAGAUUCACAAACGUUUCUGAGAGAUUCAGCAGAGCUCGACAGAUCUGAAAAUUCAACUCAGGGAGCCAGACCUUCAGAUCUCCAACCCCUGCAGACACAGUAUUCUUCCUCCUUGUGGCAGUUACAUAAAACGUAAGAUACUGGACAACAAAGGAGGAUUUGAAUGUGUCAUUACAAGUACUGAGGAGGGCAAACCUGCUUUUAACUGAACAGAAGUUGAUGGGGACAGCUGUGAUUUCAGACUAUAUUCAAAAAAUAGCUAUGAUUUUUAGAAUGUGGGCAAAAUUGGUAUGUUCACAUUGUGCAUGAUUUGUCCAUAUCACCUUCAUAAUUGUAAGGGUUUUUGGUGCCCCUCAUUUUGCAAUGAAGACAAACAUGCAUGAGCUGGCACACACAGCAGUUCUCAGUUACUCUGCUCUGACCAUCUUCACAAAAUGUCUGGUAGUGUUCCAAGGUCUGAUUGUGUUGCCCCUCUCUGCUGCAGCUGGCUGCCAAUCCUGGCACCACCUGGCUAUCGCCACCUACUCCUAAACAUUGCUGCUCUACCACUUUCAGAUUCAGGAUGAAGGCCUGGAGUUUUCUAUUGGCUCCUAUGAAAAAAUGUGCAACAGCUGAGCCACUUGUCCAGACUCAAGUGAGGGGCCAGCACCUUGCCACCACACAAGCUCAAACCAAAAGAUCUCAGAAUUUGGGGAAAAAGCAGAGAGGUGCGGCAUUCUAACCGGAGGAAGUCACCUCAGCCUUUUGGACUCAAGGGCUCCUUUAUAAUUAACAUUUCUUCAAAAAGCCCUUUUCAUCAACCACGGUGUGAGUGAAGCUAAAACAUACUCUAUUGCAAAAAUAUAUACAUCUUACUUGUUUUGUUUCUGGGCUUUGACACAGAGCAGCAGCCUUUGCAGUCUACCAGGUGAACAGCAAUAGGAGGUUUGACCAGAACUACUCACCUACAGACUUCUUGACUGAAACAUCGACUUACUUCAUUGGCUCUGUAAUGUUCCAGUUCCCAUCCAACGUGUCAAGUUAGUCCUAAGACAUGAAAGAAAAAAAUAUGAUAAUUCCUGAUAUGUUGAAAAUUAAUUAUACGGAGACCAUUUCCAAAUAAAACAUGAACAUUUCUAUGCUUUUCAAAAUGUUUAAUACUUCAGCGGUCCUAUAAUUAGUGAGCUAAUUUGAAAAAGAAAAAAAAAAAAAAAGAUAAUGAGGUCCUGUAACUCGAGUAAAUUAGUCUUGUCACUUACUUAAUUUCAUUAGUUUUUUCUUUUAAAUAGCACCGGUCUUAUCUCUGCGAUGGGUUUUUAACUACCAGACCCAAGAGUAGACACGAGGCAAAUUAAUA